CACUGUGAUACAAUUGACCGCUGCCGUACUCAGUUUUGCUUGGAAUAAUGGAAAACAACUUAAUAGAAGCAGCCAUGGUAGAGAAAACGACACAGAAGACGUCAAUAAGAUCGGACACAGCUGACCUUUCGUCUACAUCAACGAUUGCGUUUCAACCAUGAAGGCCAGAGCCGAAGUGACCGCCAAGCCACGUUCUUAUAAGAACAAUCACGACAAAUUUGCAAGACCAGAGACAAGUUUCUGUUAUAAAAGGCAUCCUCCAACAUGGUGUUCUGGCAUAGGAAGCAGCACAAGAAGCAAUUCAUUAGAUAUUGCUUAUUACUUGGCAAUGACAUCCAAAAAUUGGGCCAUCUUCAUCUCAGUCUUCGCCUUCAUCGUGUUAGCACUAGCAAAUGGCUCUAAUGCAGGAAGCAUAGCAAUCUACUGGGGUCAGAAUGGUAAUGAAGGCACGCUGGCUGAGGCCUGUGCCACUGGGAACUAUGAGUAUUUGAUUUUGGCCUUCUUGCCAACUUUUGGCAAUGGCCAAACCCCAAUGAUAAACCUAGCUGGUCAUUGUGAUCCCUACACUAAUGGCUGCACUGGCUUGAGUUCUGACAUUAAAUCAUGUCAAGCCAAAGGCAUCAAGGUUUUGCUGUCUUUAGGAGGAGGAGCUGGUAGCUACUCUCUUGCAUCCUCUCAAGAUGCAGAGCAUGUAGCCACUUACCUUUGGAACAACUUCUUGGGAGGACAGUCUUCUUCUCGUCCACUGGGUCCCGCUGUCCUUGAUGGCAUUGACUUUGACAUCGAAGGAGGAUCAAACCAACACUGGGGUGAUCUUGCCAGGUAUCUUAAAGGCUAUGGCAAUCAGGGAAAGGAAGUGUACAUAACUGCAGCACCUCAAUGCCCAUUUCCUGAUGCAUGGAUAGGAAAUGCCCUCAAGACAGGUCUUUUUGAUUAUGUUUGGGUCCAAUUCUACAACAACCCUCCAUGCCAGUACAGUUCUGGAAUCACCAAUCUUGACGAAGCUUGGAAGCAAUGGACAUCAGAUAUCCCAGCUAACAAGAUAUUCCUGGGGCUACCAGCUUCUCCUGAGGCUGCAGGAAGUGGCUUUGUUCCUGCGUCUGAUCUUACUUCCACUGUGCUACCAACAAUUAAGACUUCAGCAAAAUAUGGAGGUGUUAUGUUGUGGUCCAGGUAUUAUGAUGCCCAAAGCGGAUAUAGUAAUUCCAUCAAAAGUCACGUCUAA